AUGGGGAAUAUCAAAAAAGCACAAUUCCCGAAGCCAAUGAAAUAUGAUGCCAGCAAGAGGGAUCCUAACUUAUGGUGCAAAUAUCAUGGGACUCACGGUCACAAAAUUGGGGACUGUCGGCAUCUGCGCGAGGAGGUGGAAAAGCUGUUGAAGAAUGGCCAUAUCAGGGAGUUCUUGAGCGAGCGAGCCAAGAACAAUUACGGUCGCAGACGAGUUAAUGCCGAACCCUCGAAGAAAGGGGAAGACCCUCCUCGGUUUACUAUCAAUAUGAUUUUUGGAGGGACUGAAAUCAAUGGUGUAACCUUCGUGGUGGCAAAGAAAACAAAGGUAUCGGUGACUCACAGCAAGAGACUCGGGGAAGUUGCCGAAGAUGACAUCACCUUCAUGAAGCUCGGACAACAUUAUUCAAUGGAAAGUCUUGGAACAAGCCAAAUUAACAGAAGUAUCAUUCCGACAACAAAGCUCCUCGCCGGGUUCAACUUGGCAAGUGUGACAACCCGAGGAGAGAUCCUAUUGCCCACGAGCACUGAAGGAGUAACGAAGACCACCUUUUUUGAAGUGGUGGACUAUAACAUGGGCUACAAUAUAAUUCUCAAUAUACCAUGGUUACAUGAGAUGAAGGCCAUACCAUCAACAUAUCACCAACUGCUAGUAUUCCUGACCCCAGAGGGAAUCAAACAGAUAAGAGGAGAUCAACCGGUAGCAAGAGAAAUGAACGUUAUGUAG